GUUUUAGAACAGCGCCUGAAGAAUGAAAUAAAGACCACGUUAUCACGAUUUCAUAUAAAUCAACUGACAAGUGAAUCAAUUGUCAGUCUGUUUGAAUUAGAAACAGUGGAAAUAAACCACCAUCUUAAUGAAUUGAAAUUGCCUUUCAAGAAGCAAUCUGUGGUUCAGCUGCUGGGCGUCAGAGCUAGGGCAUUUUCUGUUGAAGAACUUAGUGACCUGCAUGGAUUACUUCAACUUUACAGAAUUGCAUAUUUCAGUCAUACAAAGAACUGGUCACCGUUGAACCUGUUAGAACCAGAUGAUAACUUGCAAAGCCCUGCAGAUGAAGAAAUAAUCAGACGAAACUUGCUUCAAGCUUUCCGAAUUAAAGGCCUAAAUGCAAUUAUAAAUGUGAUAACCCAUGAUGAGUUAGUUUGGGUGAUGAUCGUUGGCAAGAAACUGACCAGGAAGAAAGGAAUCAGGUUGCAGACUCCACUCUUUCUCUGCUAUGAAGUUGGUACACCUUACAUAUUUGUUGCUUCUCCAGUUCCAGUUUCUGUUAUGGAAUGCAUUUUGAAGGCUAUGCAGUACAAGAAGCAUAAAGUACACCAUUUGGAGGGCCGAAACAUCAAAUCUUUGCUGUUUUUGCUUAGGAACAAGGCAAUGAAUGUUGGAAAAAACAAAACUAUUGCCUAUGAGCCAGCUGAAGCAGAAGUUGGACGACGGAACAUUGACUUUACAAAAAGAAAAGCUCGUGAGAUUUAUGCCAACAAUGUUUUCCAAGCAACAGAUACAGUCAUGCUAGAAUCUUUAAGUCUUACUGCUGAUAGUACUUGGCGAGACAACGUAAUAGUACCUGAGAUGACAGGGGAACCAUUUAAAGCAACUCUGCAGUUGAAAUCAAAAAAUCUCUUUGGGAUGAUCAAAGAUAUGAUCGCCAAUAACAUGAUUGUUACUCCCCUGCCAGAAUACGUGCAGACAGUUUUGCAUUCAGGCAAAAACAGAAUCACCAUGCGUCCACCAAAGUGACAAUUAUUGCUUGAUUAAUAUCAUUGAGUCUCAGUUAUUUAGUUUUAGCUGUAAUAUUUUAACUCAGUGAACAUAUAUCAUAAUUGUAAUGAAAUAAACCAUUUUAUAAUAA